AUGAUCUCCGAGGUGGCGCAUCUCGAGUGCGUGCGGCUGCUGGAGCUACUCACGAAUGCGCGUGUCCAGGAGAGCUGGUCCUGGGUGUUCAUGACGCCUGUGGACAUCCCUGGCUACGACCAGGUGGUUAAAAAGCCCAUGGAUCUGGGCACGAUCACGAAGAACUUGGGCUCGAAACCCUCGCGGUGCCGCUUCAAGUCGCACGAGAAGUUCGCGCGGGACGUGCGUCUCGUCUUUCACAACGCGCUCGUGUACAACAAGGACGACCAGGACGUCAAGGGGUCGGUCUACGCCGCCGCGCAGCACCUGCUGCGUGUGUUUGAGACGGCGUAUGCGAAGGCGAUUGACAGCGUGUUGAAGGCAGAUGACGUGAAGGUGGCAGCAGAAAAGGAAGCGCAUCGAGAAAAGAAGAAGAAGCGGAGGAAGGGGGAGGGGGAGAAGGGGAAGAAGACGAAGGAGGAGACGAGCCAUCACUUUCAAAGCAGCAGCAGCGGUAGUAGCAGUAGCAAAUUGACGGAGUUGCAAGCAAAAGAGGGAGAAAAGAGAGAGAGAAAAGACGAUGGAGAGGGGGAAGACGAAGGCAGUAGUAAACACCGGCACAAACACCACAAAAAGGACAAGAAAGCGAAGAAAAAGUCGAAGAAAAAGAGCAAAGACAGGGACAGGGACAGGGACAGGGAGAAGACCCGACACUCGAGUUCUCGCUCUGGAGAAAACAAGAAGAAGGCCCAUCGAAGCGACCACUUGAAUCAAGGGGCAGCGCCUCGAGGGAGUGGAGCGGAGAACGUUGUGGAAGGACGUGCGGUGGCAGUGUCCAACAUGAAUGAUGUGACGCCGCCAGCUACGACUGGUUCAGUUGUUCCUCCAAGCAGUAGCGUAGUGGUGAAGCAAGAGCCUGUUGCAGAUCGGGCUCUCGUAAACAAAAUGCCGGACUCAGAGGUGGCUGUGUGCCUCGCAUUAAUCAUGAGGCUGAUUAAGUAUAAGGAUGGGAACAUCAGUCCGGCAGCCCCGUUUCUCCAGCCAGUGGACGUGACUCAUUUCCCAGACUAUCGCAUCAAAGUCUUGAAUCGAAUGCAUCUAUAUGGAGUCCAAAAGAAACUACGCAGUGGGAGCUACAGUACCAUUGAUGCGUUUGCAUACGACGUGCGUCUAAUUUUCUCGAAUUGCUUGGUGUACAACAGCGACGUGGUCGUGAGCAAGGUGAUGCGGAAUCACGCAGUAACUCUGAUGAAGCUGUUUGAGAGUCAGUUUGCUAAGAUUGGUGGGUCCUGGCCAGGCAUCCCGGAGCGGUGGCAGUGUCACCAGAUCAUUCACGACGUUCUUGCGCAUCGCACGGAUGGUCAAGAGACGGCACAGUGGUUCAAGUACCCCAUCGAGGCUUACUAUGACGCCCCCGACCAAAUUCCGUACAACUACUAUGAGACGGUUAAGGAACCUAUGGAUAUCGGCUUGGUAUCGUCGAGAUUGCACCUGGGCAAGUUCAAGCACGUUUCCGAAUUUGUGGCGGGCUUGAAACUGGUUUUCGAUAACUGCAUUCGCUACUGGAAGCCUGAUCCUCAGGGGCAGACGUACUGCAAGUCUGCGGAGACUUUGCUAGACGUGUUGCACGCUCGCAGUGCUGUACUCAUAUCAUCAUCGAACAACGCUGAUUCGUCUAGAGAAAAGCAGCAACCUUCGUCUACAACCUCAUCGAUCAACAAGAGUCUGCAUCCUUCGUCUGGGCAACAAUCUUCGACAAUAAUGACCAGCGUGCCCAGUCGCGAGGGUGAAGCGACCACGAAGAAGGCGUCGUCAUCGUCUUCGAUGUCCUCAAAGAAUGGCAAGACUUCAAAGUCAUCGAAGUCUCGUGAGUCAAGUGGUGGAUUGCCUGAAAAGGGUAUAUGCUUAGGAAUCAUGAAGCAACUACGAGGCCACAAAAUGAAGGGCUAUGGUGGAAUUGAGAUCAAGACGGCUGGCCCAUUUUUGACUGCCGUAGAUACAACUAAGUACACGGAUUAUCUUGCAAUCGUCUCGGAACCCAUGGAUUUUGCGAAGAUUGAGCGCAAGCUUAAGAGUGAUCGGUACGGCAGCGUUGACGAAUUUAGCGCUGACGUGCAUUUGAUAUUUUCCAACUGCCACAAGUAUAAUAGUGAUCCGGUGGAAGGUGCUGACAUUCGGGCAAUGGCCACAAAUUUACGCACGUAUUUCGUAAAGCUUUGCAACGAAAAGCUGGGUCCUCUUGAUGGUAUGGUAAACGGACCGAAUGGUUCGCCACCACAUACGUCAAUAGUCCCGUCAUGUCCGGCUGCAUCGGAGCCAAAGCUAGCAUUGUCAGCGGGACCUAUCGAAGCUAGCACAUGUACGGCGGUCGCUGGAAAGGGGUCUUUUGCGCUUCAGAAAGCAAUGAGGAAAUCUCCUAACAAGGACUUGCUAUCGACUCCAUCAGUGGUGGUCUCCAGCAGCGCUAGCCCCACUCGGGAAAUAAGGAAGGACAAAUCAGCAAGUCGCAGCAAAAAAGAAGCCAAGGCGGACUGUGCUGGUAUGGCAACUUUACCACCAGUAGCUCCGCUGGAGCCGGCGGUUCAAGGAGAACCAGAGCCUACCGCCGUAUUGGAGACCCCUUCACUUGUUAUAAAGAAGGAAGUGUCCCGCGAUAGCACAAACUCAGCAGGGCUCACUAUCGAGGAAGCAAAACGAUUACGCAAAGAGAUGAAAGAAAAGAGGAAAAAAGAGAAGAGGGAAAAGAAAGAGAAGAAGAAAAAAGACAAAGAGAAAAAGCGCGAGAAAAAGGAAAGAAGCAAGGUCUUGAGCUCCGUCCCACAGGAGAGUAAAUUGCCCUCUCAGGGUAGUUCAACAGCAGUAUCAGUUCUGCCCCGUCUGGCCUCUGCUGCAGUAGCAGAACAUGCUCCCCUUGCUGCUGGAUCCGCCACCCUUGCUGCCGGGUCCGCCACUCCUGCUACCGGGUCCGCUACUCCUGCUGCCGGGUCCGCUACUCCUGCUGCUGGGCCCGCUGCUCCUGCUGCUGGGUCCGCCACUCCUGCUGCUGGGUCCGCCACUCCUGCUGCUAGGUCCGCUGCUUCUACUGGUGUACCCUUCGCAACUGCUCCGACAGCAAUUGCCUCUAAACGAGGUUUAGUGGAGCUCCAUGGUACUGCUAGUUCGGUACCGAGCAAAAAGAGCAAAAGGCACAAGAAGUCAGACCUUACUUCAUGGGAGACUUCCUGUGAGCGCGUGCUGAACCGUUUGGGUAAGAUUGAGCAAGUGGUGAAGCUGCACUUCAACCACCCCCUACUGGAGGUAUUCCCGCACCUUGCCAGCGAGUACACAGCUCUGAUCACAGAGCCAAUGGACUUGCGGACAUUGCGCGAACAGCUGCAUGCCCAUGCACUAACGCAAGCUGGGUUCUUGCGCAAGGGUCGCCUUAUUUUUCGGAAUGCUGUCAAAUUCAACUGUGCUGAUGACCCGGCUUCGAUUCAGGUGCGCAACAUGUCGGCGCAUCUGUUGUGGUACUUUGAUUCGCUGUGCGCUGAGCUACAAAUUCAUCCGGCGCCAGGAGAGCAGAGUCGUGCAAAGCGCGAUGAGCUCAGGCGUGAGCGCGUGGAGUUUGUGAAUGCCGUGCCAGUUGAGCUGAAAGCCAGAGAGUGUCAAAAACUGCUCCGCGUCCUUAACAGUCAGAAACACGACAAGAAUUGCUGGCCUUUUCGCAAGUCUGUCCGCGUGCUGUUUCCAGCCUUAUCGCCGGACUACUUCGACAUUAUCAAGACUCCUAUGGAUUUGUCAACCAUUGCGGGGAAGUUGAAUGAGUUCGAGUAUAAGUCGCACGGCGAGUUCAUUCGAGACUUGCGGUUGACGUUCGAAAAUGCCAUGGUUUACAACCGUGCUGACAAGGAUCGCGAAGGAUGGAGCGUGUAUUCCGCAGCUUCGCACAUGCUAGCAGUGGUGGAAGAUUUAUGGGGAGAUGUGACGCUGGAGGUGACUGAGAAAACUCGCCGCCGUGAGCUGUUGCGUAAGGAGCGCAUGAAUGAGUCAAAACGAAGACGAACUGAUGUCUCUGACGCCAGUGGAGAACGUGGAGACAGAGCACACAAACACAAUCAUCUCUCAACGGGCGAGAGUGAAUCCGGACACAAGCAUGGAAAGCAUCAGCAUGAAGUCAGUGGACGUCGAGUAGAAGAAGCCGCUGGUGUUGCAUCUAUAGCUGUUAGUGCGGCGUCGAGCGCUUCAAUGCCCCCAAAAAGUCCGGGCUUCACAAAACCUGGUGUCACCUCACAUUCCGUCGUUGGAACGAUAGUUGUAGGUAGCGGAAGUGGCUUGCGCGAUGACAACGGUGGAAUGGAUGCAACAGCAACCCGAGUCAAGUUGCAACUGAUGCCGAACCGACCGAACAUGGAGCGCAUGAACAAGCAAGAGCGCAAGGCCGAAGAGAAGAGGCGGAAGCGUGCUAGACGCGAAGAGGAAAUGGCACGGACAGAGAAGAGGCGUCGAACCGCCGUAGCUGCUACCGAUGACGCCUUGCGCGAGGCUGAGAUCCGGAGUCGUCGCAAGCAACUAAAGCUAGAAAUGGCCGAAGCAGUACGUUUGCGUGAAGAACGAGAUCGCCGCGUCGUGGAAGAGGAGGCUGAGCGGGUCCGUCGAGCGCAGAUGAAGCUCAACGCUGCUGCCUGGACAGGUGUAUUGGUACCAGCUGGAGGUGCUGUAUCCAGUAAACGAAGAGGUUUCUGGGCGAAGAAACACGCGAAGCUGCAGAUACCUCCAGCUUUCCAACCUCCAGCUAUCAAUGCGUAG